CUGAGCAGCAGGUGCCACAGGAAGCUGUUAGCUCUGUGAGGAGGAAAGAAGAAGCUAUCGGCUUUUGCUCGCAGCAACCCAACUCACCUCAUACAAAAAAGCACACAGCAAAAUUAGAUUUGCAGAUUUUCUUUUGUCGUCAGCUAAAAUGAGUGCUGCUGUACCCAACCAUCGAAGGACCAAACCUGGAGGCAUAAAGCCUGGAGCUGCGAACAGUGGCGUCACCGGACCCACCUCCCAGAUUCCCGGCCUGUGCCAGACCGCCACCGAGAGCGCGGCGGUGGAGAGGGUCAGCGGGCGGCGAGUGGGAAUAUUUGAGACCGACUCGGACUACGUCAAGCUGGCAAAGCAGGGAGGACACAAAGGCUUAUUGAGUCAUGAUGUUGAUGAUGAUGACACACCGAAGAAAGCCUACAACCCGCCCAACUGGUUCGGAGGGGAUGAGUCAAAGAGCGGAAGCAAAGCCUCGUCUCCUGACAGCCAGAUGAAGGCGGGCAGGCUGCCUCUGGCUGCUCCCUUUGGCACUGAUAACAAUUCCUCCUGGGAAAGAGAGACUGAUAGUUUUUCCCAUGGUAAAGAGAAGAUGUCUCCAGAUGAUACAGUUCUGCCUAUGGAGGGUCUUUCCAUGACCAACAAGUAUAAGAGAAUAUCCUACGAUAAGAAAGCUCCUCCAGUCAGCAUGUCCAAGCUGCUCAGUCAUGGCUACAUGGAGGAGAAGAAGAAGACUGGAAAUGACGACGAUACUUCAAGUGUGACUUCAGAACAGACCAGCACCGUCAUGACGGAGGAUGUGGACGAUCUGGAGUAGUUUGCUCGGGUUCUGGUUAGCAGGAACAAUGGGGCUGUUCUUUAAGGUUCUUCUCCCCCCCGACACGGGUGUGAACACACCUCUGCACCCUCUUAUGUUUUACUCAUGUUUAUUGUAAAUCCACUGACUGUUAGGUUUUGUACUCAUGUUUAUGCAAAGGUACUGUCUUUAUUAUUUAUUGCUUUAAUUUGUAUAGAAAGAAGAAAAAGAAAGGUGUGUUUCUGAGUAGCGUAGUCAGUGUUGAUGACUUUUUCAGUUUUGUUUCUGUGCUCGAUUUGAAAGCAGGGCUGGAAUCAAACAGCUGCUGGUUUUUACUUCUGAGCCUCGUUGCUGUUCGCUUCCCGCCCUGGUCGUAUGAAGAUCGACUUGGUGACGUUUAAGUGUUUGUGCUGAUGAUUCGUGGUUCCAGUGACGUGAAGUAUUAUUUGCUCGGCUCGGCGUGUUGUUUUUUUUUUUUCAUUCUUUGGCCGACGCGACGCGUACGAUCAUCUUUUGAGACGGCAACCCUGCAGCUGCGAUCACAUGACGAAGUGAAAACUGAAGGCCAAAGUCACUGAGGUUUGUUUGGGUGAAAAGGAGCCAGAUGUUUUUUUUUUCUUUCUUUCCUUUGAUCGUACUAAUUAUUCUGUUUUUAAGCUUCCUAAAUUAAGAAUUGUAUGGCCUAUUUGCUGUGUUUACCUGCCAAAAUAAGAAGAAUAAAUCAGACGAAGCUGAAGCAACAGGCUUCAGCUGCUUUAGUGCAAAAGUGCCAAGCUUGUUUCGCUGUGAAAUCACAACAUUCCCCUUUAGCCCUAACUAAACGUAGAUGUGCUGUAGGAUUUUAACUAAAGACACUUGAAUUUUGAAGCUUUUUUUUGCCUUCCUUGUCUAAAAAAUUUCUAAAUCAACAGUAAAAUUGUCUUAAAAGGUUUAAAAUUGCUAUGCGACUUAAAAAAAAUCUUGACACCUUGUCGUUUCUGCUUCUCUUUGAGACGAAUCCUUCAAAUCAGCAGAGCAGAGGAGUGAGCGAAGCCAUUAGGAACGGGCUGACAUGUUCCUGGAAGGUGGAGCAAAGUGAUCUCAAAGUGCUGCAGCAGACAAUAGAGAUCUGCUGUUCCUCCUCUCUUUGUCCCGUUACUUUGACUGCCAGGACUUCAGGAGGUAAUGCAUCCCUGUCUCACUUUAUAAAUGCCUUGACUCACCUCAUAGUUGUCAUUUAAGGCAUAACUGAGCUGGGAGUUUCAUCCUGAUCCUUAAAAAUGGAAUAAAUCCAUCUAAUUAGUCAAAAAACAAAUUCCUACAAGAAAUGUUGAGCUUUUACUACUAAAUAUAUUCCAUCUGUAAGUGUUAAAUGUUGACACUGGGUUUUACUUUGCAGUAUGAGGAACGGAGAAUGUAUAAUGUUCUGGUCUUUCCUUUUGAAGUACGGGUUUAUUAUUUAUGAACUGUUAAAUAUUCAGGUGAACAAUAUUUUGUCAUGUUUUUCUUUGUACAAAGAAGCAGUAGGAACCUUUAGUGGCUUAAAAUCUUUUCUUUUUGCUUUUUCUUGUCAAAUCUUAAGGUGGUUUGGAAAAAUGCAAAUAUGCCAACUGAGAUGGAAGAAGGUUUUAAAUGAAGGGAAGUUCCCCGUCACUUCUCAGUGUGUAACUUUGCGCUCAUAGUAUUAAUUGUCACUUCAAUAAAUGAGCAUGUGCAUGUUCA